AUGGUUGCAGUGGCGGUUGUGCUUGACGCGCUGGUGGUGUCCGUUUCGGUGUUCGUGCUGGUAGCCGUCGCCGUGAUGGUGACGGAAGUGGUGUCCGAAGUGGUAUGUGUGGCUGUGGUUGUGCUGCUGCUGCUGACUGUAGUGGUGAUUCCAGAGAAAGUGCUGGUGGUGUAUGUAGAUUCCGUGGUGCUGUCUGUAGUAGUGGCAGUGGAACUCGCGGUCGAGGUCGAUUCUGUAGCGCUGGUUGUAGUGUCUGUCGUAGUAUGUGUGGUGCUGCUCGUGUGGGUUCCUGUUAGAUUG